AUGGCCUCAAACAAGCUCCUCGUGCUUGGUUUUAGCGUUUCAGCUCUUUUCUUCUCACCCUUGGGUUUUCUUGCAGUCGUGCAGACACCUCUUUUUUUUGUCUUUCAUCAGCAGUCUGACAUUAUUUAUCUGCUCUUAUAUGUUGAUGAUAUUAUCAUUACUAGCAACGACUCUUCUCUUCUUGAUAGCUUUGCUCGUAAGCUCAAUUAUGAGUUUGCCACCAAGGAUUUAGGCUCUCUCAGCUACUUUCUUGGUCUGGAAGCCACUUCCACUACUGAUGGUCUUUUUAUCAGUCAGUUGAAAUAUGCCCGAGAUAUUCUGACUCGUGCCCAGUUACUUGACAGCAAGCCUAUUCACACUCCUAUGAUUGUCUCUCAGCAUCUGACUAGCGAUGGUCCUGCCUUCUCGGACCCCACUCUCUAUCGAUCCUUAGUUGGCGUCCUUCAGUAUUUAACCAUCACUCGCCCUAACAUUGCUCAUGUUGUCAACUCUGUUAGUCAAUUUCUACAUGCCCCUACUGCGGAUCACUUUCUUGCGGUCAAGCGCAUCUUACGUUAUGUCAAGGACACACUUCACUUUGGUCUUACUUUUCUCCCUUCUGCUGCUCCUGGUGCCCUAGUUGUUUACUUUGACGCUGAUUGGGCCGGUUGUCCCGAUACUUGCCGUUCCACUUUUGGCUACUUUAUUUAUCUUGGCGAUAAUCUGGUUUCUUGGAGUGCUAAAAAGCAACCCACUAUCUCUCAUUCUAGCUGUGAAUCUGAGUAUCGUGCCCUUGCCACUACUGCAACUGAACUCCUUUGGCUCACCCAUCUACUUCAUGAUCUUAAGUCCCCAUUUCACCAAAGCCUAUUCUCCUGUGUGACAACAAAAGUGCGAUCUUCUUAA